AUGCCACCAAAGAAGAAAGCACCAGCUGCUGCACCAAAAAGAAAGAGAAAAGAAGAAUCGGAUGAUGAAGCUUCUGCUGCCGAAGAAUCAGACGAUGAGGUUGAAUUCAUUGAUCAUGAUGAAUCUAACAACAACAAGAACAAGACUGUCGAAGAAAUUUAUCAAAAGAAAAGUCUUCGUGAACAAAUCCUUUUGAGACCUGAUACCUAUGUUGGGUCAGUCAAUAUGCAAGAAGGUGAGGAUAUGUGGAUUUGGGAUGAUGAAGACAAAAGAAUGAAGAUGAAAACUAUCAAAUUUGUUCCAGCCUUGUAUAAAAUCUUUGAUGAAAUUCUAGUCAAUGCUGCCGAUCACUCUGUUAGAGAUGAAACUUGCAACAAGAUUAAAGUUACAAUCAAUCCCGAACAAAACGAAAUAUCAGUCUACAAUAAUGGUGCAGGCAUUCCUGUCAAGAUCCAUGCCGAACACAAAAUUUAUGUGCCAACAAUGAUUUUUGGUCACUUGUUAACUAGUAGUAAUUUUGAUGAUACACAAAAAAGAGUUACAGGUGGUAGAAAUGGUUAUGGUGCAAAACUUACAAACAUAUUUUCCGAAAAGUUUAUUGUUGAAACAGUAGACUCUGAGGAAAAGAAAAAGUUUAGACAAACUUGGACUCAAAAUAUGGAAAAAGAGGAAGAACCUAAAAUUACAACAUGUUCAAAAGCUGAAAGUUAUACAGAAAUUACUUUUUAUCCUGAUCUUUCUAAAUUUGGAAUGGAUAAACUAGAUGAUGAUAUUGUUUCCCUAUUAAAAAAGAGAGUUUAUGAUUUGGCAGGUACUCUUAAAACUGGUAUUGGUAUUUAUUUGAAUGGAAAAAAGAUUACAGGAAUGAAAACAUUUAAAGAUUAUGUCAAACUUUACACAAUAGAUAAGGAAAUUCAUUACUUUGAAGAUGGUAAGAGAUGGAAAGUUGGUAUAACAUUGAGUGAAGGUUCCAUGCAACAAGUCAGUUUUGUCAAUAGUAUUUGCACAACCAAAGGCGGUAAACAUGUUGAUCAUAUCGUAAAUCAAGUUUCAGAUAAUAUCAAAAAGGCACUGGUUAAAAAAAAUAACACUAUCAAACCUGCCUACAUUAAGAAUCAAUUAUGGGUAUUUGUCAGUUCUCUAAUUAUUAACCCAUCUUUUGAUUCUCAAUCUAAGGAAACUCUUACCACAUCUAUGAAAGAUUUUGGUUCUAAAUGUAAAUUAGAUGAAGCAUUCUUAAAGAAGGUCACUAAAAUGGCUUCAGAAGCAGUAUUGAAGUAUGCUGAUUUCAAGUCAGAAAAAGCCCUCAAUAAGAAAUCAGGAACUAAAAAAUCAAGAUUGACUGGUAUUUCUAAAUUGGAUGAUGCUAACGAUGCUGGUAGUAAAAAUUCUGAAAAGUGUACCUUGAUUUUAACAGAAGGAGACUCUGCUAAAGCUCUUGCUGUUGGUGGUUUGAGUGUAGUUGGUAGAGAUUACUACGGAGUAUUCCCACUAAAGGGAAAACCUCUCAAUGUAAGAGAUUGUAAACUGGAUAAGGUUGUAAAGAAUGAAGAAAUUAGUACUCUUGCUAAAAUUUUAGGGUUGAAAUUUGAUAAGACAUACACAAAGGAGGAUAUCAAAUCCCUCAGAUAUGGUAGUAUUAUGAUCAUGGCUGAUCAAGAUCACGACGGUUCACACAUCAAAGGUUUACUCAUUAAUUUUAUUCACAAAUUCUGGCCAAGCUUACUCAAAAUACCUGGAUUUUUGAAAGAAUUCAUAACACCAAUCGUAAAAGCAACUAACAAUCGUACCAAGAAAGCUGUAACCUUUUUCAGUAUUCCUGAAUAUGAAACAUGGAAAGAAGGACUUUCAGAUACAAAAGGUUGGACUAUUAAAUACUACAAGGGUUUGGGUACUUCAACAGCACCAGAAGCAAAGGAAUACUUUUCAAAUAUGUCUCUCCACCAAAAGAGAUUCAAGUAUGAUACUGAUUGUGAUAAAAAGAUCACCUCUGUAUUUUCCAAGGCUGCCACAGAUGAAAGAAAGGAAUGGCUAAAUAAUCAUCAAGAAGGUACCUACAUUGAUCACUCCAAGAAGGAAAUUUCAUAUACAGACUUUAUUGAUAAGGAAUUGAUUCUCUUCUCUAAGGCUGACUGUAAGAGAUCUAUUCCUAGUAUUGUUGAUGGUUUAAAACCUGGUCAAAGAAAAAUCUUAUUCAGUUGUUUCAAGAGAAACCUCAAAAAGGAAAUCAAGGUUGCUCAGCUUGCCGGUUACGUUUCAGAACAAUCAGCCUACCAUCAUGGUGAAGACAGCUUGAAUGGUACAGUUGUAAAUAUGGCUCAAAAUUUUGUUGGUAGCAACAAUAUCAACUUGCUUUAUCCAGGUGGUAUGUUUGGUACUCGUCUUCAAGGAGGAAAGGAUUCUGCCAGUCCCAGAUAUAUCUUUACAAAAUUAUCAGAAAUUACCAGAUACAUUUUCCCUAAGGCUGAUGAUCCAGUACUUGAAUAUUUGGAUGAUGACGGUCAAUCAAUAGAACCAAGAUUUUACGUUCCAAUUCUCCCAAUGGUGUUAGUAAAUGGAUCCGAAGGUAUUGGUACUGCCUGGUCUACAAACAUUGAAACCUAUAAUCCAGUUGAUAUUGUCGAAGGACUCAAGGCACUGAUUAAGGGAGAAGAAGCUAAGGAGUUCCAUCCAUGGUAUAAAGGCUUUGAUGGUAUUAUUGAAAGAUUAGCUCCAACCAAAUGGCAAACCAAGGGUGUCAUUGAGAAAAUCGAUGAUAAUACACUUGAUAUCAGUGAGUUACCAAUUAGGAUAUGGACAGAAUCAUUCAAAGAACGUCUGGAAAAAAUGAUGGAAGCUCAACAAGUAGACGAUUUCAGAGAAAAUCACACUGAUGUAACUGUCUCUUUCACAGUUAAAAUGACUGAUAAGCAAAUGAAAGAUGCUGAAGACGCUGGGCUAUAUGACUACUUUAAAUUGUUUAAGAAAUUCUCUACUAGUAAUAUGGUUUUAUUUUCUGAAGAGGGUGGUAUCAAAGAAUAUGAAACUGUUUUGGACAUUUUGAAGGAGUUUUAUCCAAUUAGAUUGAAAUUCUAUGGCAAAAGAAAAGAAUACAUGCUAGAAAAGAUGAAGAAGGAAUUAGAAAUCCUUUCCAACAAGGUCAGAUUUAUAAUGGAAGUUAUUAACGAAACCAUCCAAGUGAAAAAGAGAAAGAAGGCAGACCUGUUAAAAGAACUCAAAACAAAGAAGUAUUCUUCAUUCCCAAAGGAAAAGAAGAUUGCAGCAGCAGGAGAUAUCCAAAACGAGGAAGAAGAGGAAGAAGAGGAUGAAGAAAAGGAUGUUGCAGAUCUUACUGACGGAUACAAUUAUCUUUUGUCCAUGCCUUUGUGGUCAUUAACUGUUGAGAAAGUAAAGAAAUUAGAAAAAGAAAAAGAGGAAAAGGUAAAGGAAGUUGAACAGUUGGAAAAUACUAAACCUGAAACAAUGUGGCUUUCUGAGUUGGACGAAUUUUUGGAAAAGUUAGAUUCAUAUGAGCAAAAGGAACAAAAGGAGUUUGACUUUUACCUUAAGAAAAUUGAAAAGGAAAGAGGAAAACAUGGUAAAAUUCCAAGACCUAAGGGUUAUCGUGCCACUUCCAAACUAAGACCUGACAUUGUCGUAAAUGAGUCAACAGCCAAGGUCAAGACCACCAGAAAGAGGGCUACAUCUGUAAAGAAAGAAGAACAAGCUGACGAUGAUGAAAAGCCAAAACGUGGUAGAAAACCAGCUGUAAAGAAAGAAGAGGAUGAAGACGAUGCAGAAGAAAAGGAAGAAAAGCCAAAACGUGGCAGAAAACCAGCUGCCAAAAAGGUAGUAAAGGAAGAAUCUGACGAAGAGGAAGAUGAAGAAAAGGAAGAGAAGCCAAAACGAGGAAGAAAGCCUGCAGCUAAAAAGAAAGAUGACAAAGACGAUGAAAAACCAAAACGUGGCAGAAAACCAGCUACCAAAAAACAAAGAGUCAAGAGGAAAACUUCUGCUGCAACAACUCCUGCCCAACCAGCUGCCAGUAGCAGUCAGAGUGACGAAAAACAAGAGGAUGAGGAACUUAUCACUGCCCCUAUAAAGACCAGGGAAACAAAACCACCAACCAAAAAGAGGAAAACCAGUAUUACAGACUUUUUUGAAUUGAAGAAGAAAGCUGAAGAAGUUGUUGUUUCUGAUGCUGAAGAAGAUAAAGAAGAGCCUAAAGCCAGAGGUAGACCUGUUAGGACAACCAGAGCCAAUAAGAAGGUGGAAUCUGAGGAUGAAGAAGAAGAGGAGGAGGAAAUAAUUGAACUUUCUGAUAGUGAAGCCAGUGAACCAGAGGAUGGCGAAGAUGAUGGUGACGAAUUUAUUCCAUCUGAUGAAGAGGAUUAA